CGGAAAAGCCGAUAGGUCACCAGUCGGCUCUUCAGAAGCCGACAGGUACCUAUUUUUGCUUUUUUUUGCUACUUAUUUAUGCGAUUAACUAUUAAAAUAAUAUUAUUUAAAAAAAAUUCAGAGAGUAAGGGAAGCCUGUUGACGUUCUUCUAUGGCCUUGUACCUCGACGAAUGCAUUCUUUCUAAAGUAAGUAUUCGUGAUCUUCUAUAGUGGUGAGUCUCUUGGUUAAGUAAGUUUUAUUCUUUAUUUCCUUGCGGGAUCAUCAUCCAUCCCACGUGAGGGUUGGGUGUAGAGCUAAUAGCCUGACAAUCUUGAUAGAUCAGGAGUAAGCCGAUGCGGGAAGUAAGUAAGUAGAGGUUGAACCUAUCUUUUUCAGAACUCUAAGCCAUAGGAAUCCUCUCUAUCCUCGCCAACUUAUCUCUUGUUUGUCCUUGGACGAACCAGCUAGAAGGCUAGUACCUCUAUUUCUCGUGGAAAUAUGAUACCCUUGAAUACUCAUGGGUGAAGUGCUAUAAUAGUAUCUUCGUACGCUUGCGGAUUAUUUUGUGAAUGCUAAGAAAUACAAACAAGCAUUUUUGCCACCAUUGUCGGGGAUACAAACCUGGUAGCGACAUUAAGAAAUGUCAACAGUAAGUUUGUGGAGCCAAGUUUGGCUCGGCCGACCACCUGGUGGUCACCCUAGCUAGGUCGCCAACUGAUCUUAGCCUUUGCUGACUAACUGUUAUGACGGUUGUGGGUGCGACGGCCUUGUCCUAAGUCGGUUGCACCUGCUAGUGAUUCCUUUGAUCCAUGUGAGCCUGAAUUCUUGCCUUGGAUCGUGGGGUUACUUGUAGCUUCAUUUCUGCUCAAUUUCAAGCAUUGCAUAUUUUUCCAAGGCAUGUUUGGUUUUGUCAUUAUUUUGGACAAGUAUGCAUGUAAGAAAUGCAAACUCUCUAAAUUUUCUGAUUAAAUUGACGCUUAAAAAAAGUCUGUUGCAAGCAUCAACAGUCACCUCGUCUGCACUGCUGGUGAUCGUCACGGCAUCUUCAUCUGCAAACCCUAAGUACGUGCGCCAAGAUCUGAUCCUUCAUUUAAUCACAAAAUUCAAGUGUUUGGAUGUCAACUAAAUAUAAAAAUAACAGCAUAAGUUGCAAUUUGGGAUCUAGACGAAUCUAUUGUGUAUAAUUAAUGCAUCAUUAGCAGAUGGUUAUUGUAGCAAUUAGCGAGCAAAUUAUGGAUUAGUUAGUCUUAAUAGAUUCAUCUCGUGAUUAAGUCACGGCUUAUAAAAUCAGAUUUGUAAUAAGUUUAUAUUUAAUACUUCUAAUUGAUGUUUAAACAUGCAAACUUAAAAACCGAACCUGGCCUAAAUCCUCCUCCUCGGUUGUUAACGAAGCAUAUAGAAGCCCAGCGGUGCACGCAUGCUGUGUCAGACGGAAAGUACCGACAGGUAAACAACGAAACGCAUCUGCUGUGCAUUGCCGCUCCUUCACGCCUGAUUAGCAGAGGAAGCCGAUCCCUGAGCAGCCGCUCGAAGCGACCAUUAAGUUUCAACGCACGCACGCCACCGGCUGCAAACAAAUGUAUUGCCUCCUUCCUGGAAGCCAGCCACAUUUCUGUAUACGUUGCUAGAGAAGAACACAGCCCGCGCGCCUAGCUAUAGACCGAGGAAGAGAAGGAUCGCGUCAGCAGGAUGGCGGAGGCGAUCAUCGGCCCUUUGGUUGGGAGGCUGCAGGAGGUCGCCGUCGGCGAGGCCCGGGUGCUGGUCGGGGUGAACACUGACAUCCACAGGCUCCGGGACAAGCUCAUGUGGCUGCAGGCCUUCCUCCGCGAGGCCGACACCAGGCGCCGCUCCGUCUCUGACGAGAUCACCAGGGUCUGGACGCAACUGACGCGGGACGCUGUCUUCGACGCCGAGGACGCCCUCGACCAUUACCAUCUCCGGGUGGACAAGUCCAGGUACCCAAGGUGGGCUCGUCCUACUAUGAGAUGUGUGACAACAUUCACAACACAAGUACGGAUGAGACGCAGCCUGUCUAGAAAAAUUAAGGCCAUCAACAUGAGGCUUGAUGACAUCAUUGAAAACAAAGAUAAAUACAAGAUGGAGUAUGGGGAUAAGAAGACAGAUGUGACAUGGAAACCUUCAAUCUCGGCAUCUAUACCUUACACCCAUAGAAAGUUGGAUGAUGUCCACGAUUCAGAUGUGGUGAUAAAUGUGGAGGAGCAAAAAAGUUUAGAGGAUGCAAUUCUAAGUGAACAAGAAGAGAGCAAAGAACACUAUCCAGUCGUGAUCACUAUGUUUGGAGAAAGUGGUAUUGGCAAGACAACUCUUAUGAGACACAUAUACAAUAAAAUGGAAAAGAAGAAACAAUUUGAAGCUCAAGCCAUGGAGAGUUUUGCACCUUACUUAACUGCUACCAACAUCCUACAACAAAUUGUUCAACAGUUAACAGAUGACGAUACAAAUUGCCCCAAAGAAAUGGCCCGUAAAAUGUUGGAAGAUAGGUUGAGAAAUAAGAAAUACCUCCUCGUGAUUGAUGGUGAAGUUAGUGGAACUGAAUGGAAGAACAUUCUGACUAGCCUCCCAAUUGGCAUUAGGGGUAGUAGAGUAGUGCACAUCACACAGGGUAAACCUGAAGAGCCACCAAGCACCUACCAUCAUGUCACCAUUCAAUUAAAGAAACUUAAAGAAGAGGCUGCCAUGUCAUUGUUUCGUAGGAGGUUACCUAAGGAGCUACAAGAUAAAAACUUCAAAAUAUACCAGAAAGACAUUUGCCAAAUCACUCAAGGGUUGCCAUUGGCAGUAGUUCUUUUAUCAGGUCUUGUGCAAGCCAAGGAGUUCCCGAGUGAGUGGGUGAAGGUUUUUGAGUACCUUAAGGCUAAGAAAUCAACGAGGCUUGAACCUAUGCUGUCAGUUUGCUUUGAUGAUCUUCCACAUGAGCUGAAAUGUUGCUUCCUCUACUUUGCUGCAUUGCCAACCAACACCACAAUUGAGGCACGCAACUUGGUGUUUAUGUGGGUUGCUGAGGGAUUCCUAAGGUCAAAAGGAGGGAAGACAAUGGAGAAGAUUGGCUACACGUACCUAAUUGAGUUGAUAAAUAGAAAUCUUGUCAAUCGAGUGAAAAUGGAUGACGAUUCUAGUUUCGGGAGUAUGUCAGUCACAAUCCAAAACAAAGUCCACGACUUUUUGCAGAUUGAAGCACAUGAAGCAAGCUUCGUGGAGGUCCAUAGUGGUGAUGACAUCCCCACAUUAACUAGUGCUCGUCGCCUGUCUCUGCAAAACUACACUGACAAAUAUGCUGUCCUUGCAAAUCCAUUGCCAAAGCUAAGAUCCAUCUUUUCUCAGUAUGAGCAAGAGCCUAAAGGUGAUCUGGGGCGUAGGUCCAAAAGGAGGCCACUUAUGUUCUAUCUAUCUCAUGGAAAAGCUAUCUCUAAGAAGAAGAAAGACAUCAGAUCUCACAUAAAAGAACUAUUCCAUGGAUCUGAGUUCCUUCGCGUCAUCAAUCUACAAGGCAUUGAGAUUGGUGAGACAUUGACCAGUGCAAUAGGCAAUGUUGUGCACUUGCAGUACCUUGGCAUCACAUCCUGUUCAUUGAAAUACAUCCCGCGGUCCAUCGGAAGACUAACUAGCCUUCAAACAUUGGAUGUCAGGGAAACUAAUGUCCGAAAACUCCCUAGGGCCUUUUGGAUGAUUAAGACGCUAAGGCAUGUGCUUGGUUUUGUUCUCGAAUUGCCCAAGCAAAUUGGCAACUUGAAGCAACUACAUACACUUGACUCCAUAAAUCUUGAAGUUUCAGUGCUGGCUUUGGAUGGGACGCUAGGAGAGAUGAUCCACCUUGAGUUCUUGUCAAUUUGGCACAUCUCAGUUGUGAAUGUGGCAGCUCUAUCUGUUGCUCUGGAGAAGCUUGAGAGCCUUAGGACCCUUAUCUUGCAAGGUGAAAUUAUUCCAUUUAAAGUUUUCACCACCUUCUCCCUCCGACGUGUCAAGUUUCUUUUUCUAAGUGGGGAUCUACUACAUUCAUCUGAUUUAGAUGGUAGGGAAGCCUUGUGCCUUCCUAAUCUCAUCAUGCUUUCUCUGGAGAAAACAUAUGUCACACAGGAAUUUAUUAACAAGCUGUCAGAGCUGCCAUUCCUUACCACCCUUGCAUUAUAUCCGGGCUCGUACAAGGACAAGAAACUUUUAUUUUCGUCAUCCAGAUUUCAGCGUCUGAAGAAGAUCAAGGUUAUUGAUGUAGAAAUAUUGGAGAGGGUGGAAUUUGAGCUGAGUGUGCUUCCUGAGCUCCAAGAACUUGAAAUUCACUCCCACUACACUAGUUGUCAUCAUGACAUUGACGUGAGUAAUGGUAAAAAACAUGCUAAAAAGACAAGGAUCGUGGUUGACCUUAAGAAAGAAAAUGCUUUAUAUGAAGAAAAUGCCGAUGUGUCUGAAUGGUGGAUGAUUUUCUCUUGAGAAGGUAAAAAUCGAACCCAUCGGCAGUUGUACCAUAUGGAUUAAGAUAUCACCAUUUAUAAUGGGCUACAUGCUUACCAGCCGCUUGUAUGGCUGGGUUCUUUAUACAUAUUAUUAGACCAAUAUGGCCAUUAUGCAUGGUAUCCUAUGUACUCCCCACUCUCUUAAAUAUGUUGUGUUUCACAUAUUGAAUGGUUGUAAUUUGUAAAAUUUGUGUGACAUAGUUGCUGUCUUGUUGUUCUAUGUAUAAUGUAAAUUAUGUAAUAAUGUGCUCAAAGUUGUGAUGCUAGUCAU